AUGGGAGGGAUGGCCGGGCUGUCACGGCCGCCUUCGCGAGUCGACAAUUCCCGGCUGGACCUGUCCGGCGAGCAUGCCGCAGCGUCGGCGAGCAAUGUCAAGACCUUGAAAGAGCAAGAGGAGAUGGACGACCCAGACAUCCAGCGCGCAAUGGCCGAAUCGCUCAGGCAGACGCUGCCAGCACAAGAGAAUGGAGUGACGCAGACUGGAGCGACGUUCGGCCCUGCAAAGCGGGAUUAUAACUACGAACCCAACAGUUGGGCUCUCACUACAUAUUCGACCUCGCGCGAGAUAAUCGAACAUCCACCACCAUCCAAGCGGCGAAGGAUUGGCGAUGCACCUGCAUUUUUACGCGGCUCGAAGGAGACCGGCUACCUAGGAUCUUUGCUGACCAUCUACCACAACAUCCCACUUGCACGAGAGGCUCUUCUAAUGCCUGCGCUGAGGGUCCACGCCUAUGCCCAUGACAGUAGUUGGUGGUCUGGAGCUACGGACGAGAACACCAAGGCCCUGUCCACCGACAAUAGUCUCCGCAUAGACCAGAACGAGUGCAAUCUCCUUACCGAAGUCCAGUGCCUCAUGGCUUUUCUCGACAAGACCACUCGCGCCUACGGCAGUGUUGACGCCUUGGCCGACCUACAGGCAGUCCGCAACGCAAACGACGAAACAGUGUUUCACAAAUUCCUCGAGGCUUGGGGUUCUGCGGCGCUGAAACAGGCUCCACAAGAGCAACUCACCCAGGUCUUCAGCUCCAUAGCCAUGAAGGCCAACGGUCCAACCGACGACACGGCUGUCGAGAAGACGCUGUACUGUGUCGACCCUUUCAUCAAUCACCACCCGAACGAGACACUCACAGACCUGCUUGAUAACACCAUCUGGAACGAUGAGAUAGGGACUAUCGACGACGUAUGGAUCAGUCAUUGUGCCGAGAUAUUUACUGUUCGACUGCAGGAGCCGAACACGGCCUCCAGAACUGUCGACAUCAGUCUGGAUCCGGUCUGGUAUGCCGAUCGUUACAUGUACGACUGCAGAGAGGAAAUGCAACAGAUACGUAGACAGGUACAGGCGAUCCGGCGACAAAUCGAACAACUGACCCAUAUGCAACGUCGCUGCCAGCUCUUCAACUCGAGCAACCGGCCCUUGGACAUUAGCGAAGUCCUCAAUGCUGCAGUCAAAGCCUCAAGCGUGGCAGCGAGCAGGAACUCUGUGCCAAACGGCUUCCUUAUUAGCCGGUUGCCCGGGUCGGAGACCGCAGUUACGCAGUCUGACGUGGAUGAGCUCAACUCGGAGUUGCAAAAUGUGCUUCAGAGGAUCCGUCAGAGGUUGGCGCUUCUUGAGCAAAAGAAGGACGAACUUCGUGCGAGGAGUCGUCAAAUCGCCAUGCAACUGACAGUUCCCACCCCAGAACGUCCCGACGUCCCGCAUCGCAAGUACACGCUCCAAGGCGUUGCAACCAAGCCGGGAAUCACCUACUUUCGCAGAUUGAACCAGAACAUUGAUCUCCUGGCACCGGACAACCUAGGUGAGGAAGGAAUGGGUUACGAAUGGUGGAAGGCCACUUGGCGGCAGGAGGACGUUCAAUGCGUAUCACAACCACUACACCCGCCCUUGGUCGGCCCCGUCACGCAGGCACAAGCUGCAGGUGUGGGUAAGUCUGAUCCAGACAGCUCGACGCCGUGGUCGAUUGACCGAGUCUUUGAAACCCACGUCCUGGAGGCCGUCAAGACAGAGUACAACUCUGUCUUGCUCGUGUAUGCCAAUGAAAACGCCGUGCGGUUUCGCGGCAGUGGAUUGAGUCUGGCGCUGCGACACUUUGUCGACCGCGAUAACCAGGCGUUUGCGGAGGACUUGCAACAAGAGAUGGGCCCGCUACCUGCAUCAUCUGCUGAUCGCGAAGCCGAGGCCGAAUUCGAAGACGUUCCCCUGAUCGAUCCAACUAGGUCCAGCAGUUCAGUGCGUGAGCUUACGCCCAUGUCCACGUCGAGCCCGGACCAGGACGAAGACGGGCAGCCUACACUCAGGCGAGCCAAGGAGGGUAGCACAGGCGACCUUCUUGAACAACCACCUUCGUACGAGGAAAGCGUCGGUAAACACGAAAUGUCCGAGAAAAGAGAGAACAAAAUCGGGCUAUAUGCUGAGAAACUGCUUCAGCGCUACGGAAGCGAGACCGACAAGGUAGCGGGCGAGAAAGACAAUACCGGCGACCUCUUGCAUCUCGAAGAGUCGCAGUGA